UGCGCCCUGGUGAAGAUGCCCAUCGAGGUGGAGAGGAAGUUUGUGCCGCGGGAGGGGGAGACGGAGCGGAAGCUGGCGGAGCUGGGGGCCGUCCCCCUGGGCAGCGCCAGGCUGCAGGACCAGUACUACGAUACAGAGGACUCCAGGCUGACGGCCUCGGAUCUGUGGCUGCGGAGGCGGGAUGGGGCAUGGGAGCUGAAGAGCCCGGUGGGUUCGCCCCACGGCGCCGGCGCCUCCACCACCCAGUACCGGGAGAGCGUGUCCGAGCCGGAGAUCGUGAGCCUGAUACUGCAGGCGCUGGGGCGCGGGGCCACGGCCGACCCCGGCCCCUCCCAGCUGGAGCAUCUGCUGCAGGGCGAGGGGGGCGGUCCGUGCCUGGCGCCGUUCGCUUCCAUCAUGACCCACCGUGACUCCUACCACCUCCCCGGGCCGGCGGGGGGUGCCCGCGUCACCAUCGACCGCACCGACUUCGGGCACCGCGUCGCCGAGAUCGAGGUGAUGGUGGGCACCGAGGCGGAGGUACCCCGUGCGCAGGCCCAGAUCCAGGAGAUCGCCGCCAAGCUCGGUAUCGAAGAGACAGACAGCCAGAUAGGAAAACUAAACGUCUAUCUGCAGAAAUUCCGCCCUCGGCACUUCCAGAGGCUUUGCGAAGCGGGCGUGUUGUAACAGACGGACGAGCGGAGAGGUGGAGACUUUAGUGGGAAAUGGACAUUACUCUUUGUUACUUAAACUUGCCUGAAACGUAUCCCUGCUGCGGGCCAAGCAUUUAAUGUCAGGCUGGAGAUGCAACGGUUAAUUCAGGCACAUAAAGCUCCCAUUGCACAUCGACAUUCCCUUGGCGCCGAACCUCCCACCUCCGCCCCAGACGGUGCGGCGUUCCCUCGGCAUUGAGUGCGGUGUGGAGGUCGCUGAAGGUGAUGACUGGGGCAGUUUUCUGAUGUCGAAGGUUCGAAUGUAAUAAUCGCCAACAUGCUUGGAGAAAGUGUAGGUGUGUUUGUGACAGUCAUUCACGGUCGAUCAGCCACGCUGUCUCGCCCUCUGGGCUUCCCUGGCUGACCGCUGCGCUGGUGUGCAGCUGCCAGAGGAAACCCUGUACCGGUGCGCUUACCCACUCGCCCCUCCCAGCCCCCUCAUGGCGCUGAAACCACUUCAGCCAGAAGUGCUACGGGGUCCCAUCACUGGCAGCGGGCACUGGAGUAGUCCAGCCGUGCAGCGCAGGCAAAAAUCUGUCACUAGAACCCUCCACUGGGGGAUACUGGGCACUGGAAUGUCCCCCCACUCUCUCCCUGCCUGUCUUUCCGCCACCCCACCGUCUCAGAUAGAGACGCUCCAUGUGCACUGGCACACAGCAGUGAAAAGCCUGGGCAUUGACAUUGCAGAAUCAGUGGGAACCGUCUCCACGAACACUUCCCCUCCGAAUCAUAACGUCCAUGUCCAUCCGCCUGGCCAGGAAGCAGAGAGAGCAACGUGGAGAGACAGAGAGAGACAGGCAGAGAGACGCAUGCACAGACAGACGCAGGGAGAGGGGGAGAGAGACGCAUGCACAGACAGAC